GAGAAGGGCGACGCUGCGGAUCCCACCGUUCCCCGGGGACUCAGGAACCCACCCGGCCUAGGGCACAGGUGCAUGCUUCAGAGACCCCGAGGUCUCCGCGCGGAGCCCAGCGUGCGCCCCGCCAUCUGGAUGGGGACCCAGGACACCCUUGAAGGCCUUUCCCCAGUCGGCCCGUUACUUACCUCAGGGUCGCACCAGGCGCUCCCACCGCUCGGUGCAGCCUUAGCUGCGUAGACACCGGAGCGGGAGUCGGUCCGCGCUCGGGCCCGCCCCCUACCCCCCAUUGGUUGGCCCGGGAAGGGGCGGGGCCGAGAAGGCGCUCGCCUGUCUGCGAGGCCACAGGAGGUCCCGCUCCGGACACUGGCGGGUCCGCGCCGCGGGAGCCCAAGUUGCUCUGCGGGACCUAGGGACCCACGGGCUCAGCGACCGCCCGCUGAUCGCGUGGUGCGCGGCCGCUGCAGAGCUGCCCGCGACAGGUGCGAACUCAGGGGAUCCGCUGGGCCGUCCGGUCCUCGCUGUCGGGGCGUCGCGCCCGGGCCCGGCCGGCUGCCGGUGGAUGCGCGUCCGCUGAGCGUCCGAGAUGGCCGUGCGUCCUGGGCCACUCUGGCUGCUGGGCCUGGCUCUGUGCGCUCUGGGCGGCGGCCACGGCCUGCGUCCCCCACACACCUGUCCCCAGCGUCGCCUGGGAGCGCGCGAGCGCCGAGACAUGCAGCGAGAGAUCCUGGCGGUGCUCGGGCUGCCUGGGCGGCCCCGACCCCGUGUGCCACCUGCUGCCUCCCGGCAGCCAGCGUCCGCGCCCCUCUUCAUGCUGGACCUGUACCACGCCAUGGCCGAUGACGACGACGGCGGGCCCCCUCAGCCUCACUUGGGCCGUGCCGACCUGGUCAUGAGCUUCGUCAAUAUGGUGGAGCGAGACCGUACCCUGGACUACCAGGAGCCACACUGGAAGGAAUUCCUCUUUGACCUCACCCAGAUCCCUGCUGGGGAGGCUGUCACAGCGGCUGAGUUCCGGAUAUAUAAAGAACCCAGCACCCACCCACUCAACACAACUCUCCAUGUCAGCAUGUUCGAGGUGGUCCAGGAGCACUCCAACAGGGAGUCUGACUUGUUCUUUUUGGAUCUUCAGACGCUUCGAUCUGGGGACGAAGGCUGGCUGGUGCUGGACAUCACAGCAGCCAGUGACCGAUGGUUGCUGAACCAUAACAAGGACGUGGAUCCCGACAUCAUUAACGCGGGCAAGCAGACAGUGACCGUGAUUCCCGGGGGCUGUUUCUUCGCCAGCGAUGACUCUUUUGCCAUGAUCCGCGGGGGACACAUCCAACUGACCAUGCUCGGUGCCAUGCAGGUUUCCAAAUACGGCGACCUGGCCAACUGGAUGGUGCCAGGCAAGAAGGUGAAGGGCAUGGGCGGGGCCAUGGACUUGGUGUCCAGUGACAAGACCAAAGUGGUGGUCACCAUGGAGCACUGCACCAAGACAAAGCAGCCCAAAAUCAUGGAGAAAUGCACCAUGCCGCUGACCGGCAAGCGCUGCGUGGACCUCAUCAUCACCGAGAAGGCUGUGUUUACUGUGGACCGGAAAAAGGGGCUGACGCUGACGGAGCUGUGGGAGGGCUCGUCCGUGGACGACGUCAAGGCCACCACAGCCUAUGGUCAUGGCGCCCGAGGCAGAGAUGUUUGCCGCAGGCACGAGCUCUACGUCAGCUUCCGGGACCUCGGCUGGCUGGACUGGGUCAUUGCCCCCCAGGGCUACUCAGCCUAUUACUGUGAGGGGGAGUGUGCCUUCCCACUGGACUCGUGUAUGAAUGCCACCAACCAUGCCAUCUUACAGUCCUUGGUGCACCUGAUGAAGCCAGACGUCGUCCCCAAGGCGUGCUGCGCGCCCACCAAACUGAGUGCCACCUCUGUGCUCUAUUACGACAGCAGCAACAACGUCAUCCUGCGCAAGCACCGCAACAUGGUGGUCAAGGCCUGCGGCUGCCACUGAGACCCUGCUCAGCCCCCUGCUUCUGCUACCUUACCCGGCUGGUGUGGUCAGGUCCCUUUCCAGAGGCAGGAAACCCUCAUAUGCCAUCAUAGCUCAGACAGGGGCAGCAGGAGGCCCUUACUUCCCCUGGCCACUUCCUGCUAAAAUUUUGGUCCUUUCCCAGCUCCUCUAUCCCCUUCUUGGGGUUUGUGGCCUAUGGCCUUCCCUCUCCCGGUCCCCCUACCCCAAGCACAGACUGAAUGCACACGGCAUCCCAGAGCUGUGCUGACUGAGGGUCUGGGGUCAGCACUGAAGACCUACGUGAGAGGAAGACUGCUCCUCGGCCAUCCCCAGCCCAGAAUGGCCGAUUCCGGAUGGUCUGAGGUGGCCCUGGAGUCUGAAACUGGCUGAUCUGGGCUCCGCACCAUUCCCUGUGGCAGUGGGGGCGUGUCUGGGUAUAACAGAAGCACACUUAGACCAAGGCAGAGUUAGCUUGUUAGAAAAAGAGCAGGCAGAGGCAGGCGUGGUAACGCAGGCCAUUAAUGCCAGCUCUGGAGAGACAGGGAGAUCUCUGUGAGUUCAAGGCCACACAGGGAGACCCUUUCUGAAAAAGAAAAGAAAAGGAACCAUCUGGCUGGGCUUCAUGGCUUUCAGUAAAAGUGAGAGGGACAUUUCAUGACACGUGUCCUGGGCCUGCCCUUCUGCCUAGAAGCAAAGGACCCUGGGAACUUGCAGUUCCCUCUCCUACCGCUGCCAUGCUGACCAGUUUGGGGAUGGGCACUGUGACAAAGUUUGUAAACUCUGAACACAGCUGAAGUGGCUGCCCCAGCCUGGCUCACAGUCCAUGCCCCUGCUUCUUCUCCUAGCUGAUGGCCUGCAUCAGUGAUCUCCCUCCGAGCGUCUCGCGCUGCCCCUGGACAGGCCCCCCACAUCCUCAACACAGACCUGCAGAUGGCCACCAGCAGCUCCUGAGAGGAAAGGACUUGGCUUUCCUUUUCUUCCAGGAAGACCCGUCCAUUCCACCCAGGGCACAGUAACUAGACAGCCCUCCAGCCAGGCGUGGGGCAAAGGGGAGGCGUGUCAGCCUUUGCUUGUGUCUGGGAACUAAGAACAGGUUGGUCACCAAGCUGGCGUCACCCUGGGGGCCCAGCAGCCCCAUCCUGUUUCUGGGACCUGUGAGUCAAAGAAAAGGCCCCUGUCCCAGGGGACUGACAGGUGGUAAUUAGGCAGAGUUGGGUGGGGAGGCUCAGAAACCACUGUUGCCCCUGGAGCAGCCGCUGGGAGCUGGAGUGUUUAUUUGAUUUCUGACUUGCUAAAGCCUGUAAUUUACCUGCGGGAACAGAGUCCAGCUGCCCAAACUGUGUCAUUAAGAGCAGGUCCUGGGCCCAUCCCCAUCUAGAGACACACCCAGCGGAGGUGGACCCACCCAGGUGCCCAGGGAUGCACUCCAUGGAGUUCACACUGCACCCCUGAACGGGCCUCCCUCCCGGAGGGUGGGACCAGCGGCCAGAAGGAGGCUGGAGGCAUGAGACUGGGGCCAUGCUGCGGGACAGCAGCCUCUCCCUCCCUUUCGACAUGGGAGGGUUUCCUGUGUGAAACCCAGGCCAGAGGAGGGGACCCUUCCAUGUAUACAAAGAAUGAGCCCAGAAGAUGUGCAAGAUGGUAACUUCCCCAAGAGCUUCAACUGGCUGAUCUUCCAGAGGACCAGGAUUCAAUUCCCAGCACCCACAGGGCAGCUUACAGUGGUCCUGUAACUCCAGGUUCAGAGGAUCCAAUGCCCUCUUCUGACUUCCAAUGGCUCCUG